CGCCCGGCGGGCCGGGGCCAGCCCCGGGGGCGCCCCCCGGUGACACCCCCCGGAGCCCCCGCCGCGUUCCCCCGGGCCGUGCCCGCAGGAGGAGGAUCGCCCUGAGCCUCCCUGCAGGCAGGUGAUCCGUCUGCAAUUCCUGGUUCCCCUUCUUCCCACCUCCCCGCCUUUCUUCCCCCCCCCCCCCCCCCACCCCGGCUGGACAACUCCCUUCUGAGGAGAACACGCCCAAGUAGCUGAAAAAGAGAGAAAGAGAGGGGGGGAGAAAAAAAAGGGGGGGGGGAGAAGAGAGAAGAGAGUGAGACAAUUCCCAUUGAAGGUGGGGACGCGGCUGGCGCUCGCAGGACCCCGCAGCCCAUCCCGCACACCGCGCUCCUGUGCCAGCAGCGCAGCCGGCGCGGGGCUGGGAGCGGGGGAGCCCCGGCGGGGCCAUGGUGAGAGGCGGCGGGGGCUCGGCGCGGAGCGGCGGGCGGUGCGGGGCGCGGCGGGGGCUGCCCCGCUCGGCCGGGCGGCCGUGACCGCGGCACCGCCAGCGACGGACCGGCACGGCACGGCACGGAACGGCCCCGAGCGCGCCGGGCAUCGUUUCGCGUGUUGGUCUGAGCCACGGCAAGCAAGGAAUAUGAACAGGAAAACAAGGCGCUGGAUCUUCCACAUCUUCCUGAGCCUGGGGAUUGUGUAUAUUAAGAUUGGGGGUUUUUCCUCGGUGGUGGCUCUGGGAGCGAGCAUCAUCUGUAACAAGAUCCCGGGGCUCGCCCCCCGGCAGCGGGCGAUCUGCCAGAGCAGGCCCGACGCGAUCAUCGUCAUCGGGGAGGGGUCCCAAAUGGGCAUCAACGAGUGCCAGUUCCAGUUCCGCAACGGGCGCUGGAACUGCUCUGCCCUGGGAGAGAGGACCGUCUUCGGGAAGGAGCUCAAAGUGGGGAGCAGAGAGGCCGCGUUCACCUACGCCAUCAUCGCGGCCGGGGUGGCACAUGCCAUCACUGCUGCCUGCACACAGGGCAACCUGAGUGACUGUGGCUGUGACAAGGAGAAACAGGGACAGUACCACAAAGAGGAAGGCUGGAAAUGGGGAGGCUGCUCCGCUGACAUCCGAUAUGGGAUCGGGUUCGCCAAGGUCUUUGUGGAUGCCCGGGAGAUCAAACAAAACGCGAGGACGCUCAUGAACCUGCACAACAACGAGGCCGGGAGGAAGAUUCUGGAAGAAAACAUGAAGUUAGAGUGCAAGUGCCACGGGGUCUCGGGAUCCUGUACCACUAAAACAUGCUGGACAACCCUGCCCAAAUUCCGGGAGCUGGGCUACAUCCUGAAGGACAAGUACAACGAGGCCGUUCAGGUGGAGCCCGUGCGGGCGAGUCGCAACAAGCGCCCGACCUUCCUCAAAAUCAAGAAGCCCCUUUCCUACCGCAAACCCAUGGAUACAGACUUGGUGUACAUAGAGAAAUCCCCCAACUAUUGUGAAGAAGACCCUGUCACUGGCAGCGUGGGCACACAGGGCAGGAUGUGCAACAAGACAGCCCAGCAGUCCAACGGCUGCGACCUGAUGUGCUGCGGGCGGGGGUACAACACCCACCAGUACUCGCGGGUGUGGCAGUGCAACUGCAAGUUCCACUGGUGCUGCUACGUCAAGUGCAACACGUGCAGCGAGAGAACAGAGGUCUAUACCUGUAAGUGAGCACGUGGGCACGGCCCUGGCCAUGGAUACCUUUGCACAUGCACUCGAUGGACCCACACGAGACUGUAGGGCAGACCCGCUCUCCCAGAAGAACUGCUGAUGGACGGAGGCCCCUCGUUUCUUCUCACGUUUCAUCGCUUACGUGGAUACACAUUUCAGACUCAUAAAGUCAGCCAAGAAAGAAAAACAAACAAACCCCACCCUGAGCCACCUGACACAUAAAAGAGAGAGAAAAAGAUCAUCUCAGUUAACCUGCACCUCUAAAGGAAGAAGCAUUGACUGCCUUGUGGAGACGCACCGGUCGGGGAGAAAUCUCUGAGGGUGGCAACUGACUCCUGGUUUGGAAAAGAGAUGGUCAAAUAUAAGGAGCAGGGAGGGAUAGGGGAGAAAUCCCCCCAAAAGGGCUUUGCACAGGAUGGGAUGGACAGAGCCCCACUGUGAAGGGCCCGUGUGAGCGUGUGGAUGACACAGGUUUUGGCUUCUACACUCGUGAAAAGCUUCUGCUGGUCUUGCCCAUCUUUCCACUUCCUCCCCCUUGCCACAGCGAGUAGAACUGUUGAAGGUUUCUGUAAACACUGCUUUACCUGCCUUUUUCGUGUGUGUGUGUGCUGCAGAUUUUAGCACAGGGAUUUGGGACACUCGGGCAUAAUAAUAGCAAUAUUUAACAAUUUAUUCAGAUAAAACUAAUAUUAAUUUAUUUAAUUAAAAAAGAACUCUACCAACCUUUGGGGAACUAUUCUGCAAUUAAAGUAGAUAGCUGGCUUUCUUUGUGGAAUAAUUUUGUAGGAACAGCAAGGAAAGAACUGGAGCUGUACAUAUUAUUCUUAACUAGGAUAUUUCUAUUAGUUGGACUUGCAGGAUAUGUUCUACAGUACUAGAUGUUUAAGUACAAAAGCUGGCAUCUUUAUAUAUAUGUACAUACACAAACACUGUUGUUUUGGGGGUUUUUGUUUGUUUGUUUGUUUUCUCCUGUUUGCUGCUAGUUGUCUGGAACAAAAGUCGAGUGGUAGGGGUUACAAAUCUUUACCAGGCUUUGUGGUUAUUUUUUUUUUCUUCGAUUAAAGAAAGAA